UUUGUUGCAAUGGUUUCUGCCUCAAAAGCUUCCUGGCUUAGUGUACAUUAUUUCCUGUUUUCCAGUAAGAGAUUGUCCAAAAUGUAUGACUACACCAUUUAAUUGAACUUGACAGUAACUGUUUUUGUUUGACAGUUAUUUAUUUUUCGAUAGCCUAGUUUUGCUGUCGCAAGUAGCUCCGUUGCCACUUGCUAGCAAACAUUUGUUGUUGAAACUACUCCGGGUGGCUAUCGAGCUAGCUAGUCGACGACAAGAUGGGCUCCAUACUUAGUCGAAGAAUCGCUGGUGUUGAGGAUAUUGAUAUCCAGGCCAACUCGGCGUAUAGAUUCCCUCCUAAAUCAGGAAACUAUUUUGCCAGCCAUUUCUUCAUGGGAGGGGAGAAAUUUGACACUCCACAUCCAGAAGGAUACCUGUUUGGAGAGAAUAUGGAUCUCAAUUUCCUUGGAAACAGACCAGUACAAUUUCCAUAUGUGACCCCAGCACCCCACGAACCUGUCAAGACCCUCCGUAGUCUGGUCAACAUCAGGAAGGACUCGCUCCGCUUGGUCAGGUACAAAGAUGAUUCUGACACUCCAACCGAAGAGGGUGGGAAGGCCAAGGUUCUGUAUGGUGUGGAGUUCACCUUUGAUGCUGAUGCUCGUGUGGCUUUCACCCUGUACUGUCAAGCCUUUGAGGAAUUCUCCAAUGGGAUGGCAGUUUAUAACCCAAAAGGCCCAGGGACUGUCUCUGAAACUGUACACUAUAAAAGAGGUGUAAGCCAGCAGUUCUCCAUGCCAUCUUUCAAAAUUGAUUUCUCAGAGUGGAAAGAGGAAGAUCUAAACUUUGACUUAGACAGAGGCGUGUUUCCUAUGGUAAUCCAAGCUGUGGUUGACGAAGGGGAUGAUUGCCUGGGACAUGCUCAUGUGCUGUUGGCAGCGUUUGAGAGACAUGUCGAUGGCAGUUUCUCAGUCAAGCCUCUGAAGCAGAAGCAAAUUGUGGACCGUGUCAGCUACCUGCUGCAGGAGAUCUAUGGGAUUGAAAACAAAAACAAUCAAGAGACAAAGCCAUCUGAGGACGAGAACAGUGACAACAGCAACGAGUGUGUCGUUUGUCUGUCUGACCUCCGAGACACGCUCAUCCUGCCGUGUCGACACCUUUGUCUCUGUAACUCCUGUGCUGACACUCUGCGUUACCAAGCCAACAACUGUCCAAUCUGCAGACUGCCCUUCCGAGCUCUGCUGCAGAUCCGAGCCGUGAGGAAGAAGCCCGGUGCGCUGUCCCCCGUGUCCUUCAGCCCCGUGCUGGCCCAGAGCAUGGACCAUGAUGAACACUCGAGCUCAGACUCCGUCCCUCCAGGUUUCGAGCCCAUCUCCCUGCUGGAGGCGCUGAAUGGCCUGAGCUCCGUGUCUCCCACCAUCCCCUCAGUCCCCCUCUAUGAUGACAUCAACUUCUCAGGGGUGAUGGGAGGGGACGGCAGGCAGCCGGGCUCCCCUGAGCACUCCGGGGAUGGAGGCCUGCAGAAGGGCAAAGUCAGCAAGUCACCUGACAGCAGCACCCUGAGGUCUCCGUCCUCGCCCAUCCAGGAGGAGGACGAGGAGAAGCUGUCGGAGAUGUCCGACGGCCAGCCUCACGCCCUGCGCUCCGGCAGCCCCGCUCCCACGGAGGCCACAGCAGCUGAGGACGUAGCAGACUCCCUCUCCCCAGAUGACGAGGACAGGCUGCACUCUGGAGGAGAGAUCCUGCAGGACAGCAUCAGUGAGCACAGCAGCCUGACCAAAACAGAGAGUGACCCCCCAGGUGACCUCUCUCUGCCAGGGUCUUCCGAGUCCACAGACAGUCUGAAGAGUCAAAGCACCAACUGCUCCAGUCAGCCUCUCCUGUGUCCCCCCAGCAGUCUCCACAUGGAGGAUGAGCAGCUCGACCCCUAAGUCAUUCCGCCCCCCCCCCCCCCCCCGCCCCUCCUCCCCGUUGAGCCCCUCUACUCAGCCCAGGAUCAUGUCCUCUCACACUCAAGCAUUGCCCUCCUCCCUUGGUCUGCUAUGCUAUCGGCUAGCACCGUCUGGGUCUUUCACCCCAUCGCGAUCUCUGUCACAGUCACUGCAUUUGGGAUAGGAAAGCCAGGUUUUUACUGUGUCCCACUGUACUUUGUGAUUUGGGGAAACCCAAAUUGGCCUUGGUGGAUGUGUGUGAAAUGUUUUUUUUUUGUGUUUCUGGCACGAGUUGGGGCUGGCUUUUUUGUGGGAAGUUGCGGUUGGGUUUCAGAGACUAUCACUACCCUGAUAUGGUGGUGCUUCAAGCACACUUACUUUCAAUACUUUAACCUGGCUUCAUUGUAUUCUUAUUGCUUGACACUAAUAUUAUAAGAGUUAAUGGAUAGCAUUCCGACUUAACUAUAUUAAUCGAUGAAAAUGAGCGAGUCCUUGUUAAAAUGUAAUUGUUUUUAGGCAGUUUAAUAGUAAGGAAUCGUACCUGGUGUUAACCCUGGUUAACGUCAGACCUUUUCAAAACAGAUGACACUAUUUGAAGUGAUUUCAUGCUGUCUUUUUUUAAACACUUUGUCUGUGAUCCAUUUCAUCUGAUCAUUUUGAACUUUACAAUUCCUCGAGAAGUCAAUGGGAUCAAUUUAAGUUGCCUCUAAUCUCAAACAUCUACACGUAUGCUUUUUAUACUGAAUAGUGUGAUAUCUAUGUAUUAUACCUGUACUAGAAUCCUGUGUAGUCAAACCUGUAUAUUUGUGUACAAUGCAGUAGAAACUCAAGUUAUAGAUCAAAGGCACAGACACAUGUACAUCACCAUUGACUGAUUGAUUGAAUACUACUGGGCCCAUGGAGUAUUGACAUCCCUACAGCUGAACACAAAGAUAUUCCCUGCAACAAGUGAUUAUGCUAUGCUAACUUUAUUGCCCAGUGUGUUUGUCUUAGAUGUGGACGAUCUCUGUGCAGUCUUUCAGUGGCUUCAAGUCAAUGCCAGCAUCUGCUUAAUGAUGUGCAGUAGCUACAGGAUGGGUUAACAGUUGCCUGGCUAAAUCUAUGCUUGCUAGGAGUUUUUAACUCUUGCACUGUUAGACUUUGGUCCUGUCAGUAUCAUCCUGUAUGCAUAGAUCCAUGUGCCUUGAAUAGCUAACUGAUUUGGCUGUGUUGCACUGGGCUGUUAUUGUGAUAACUAGUAGAGGAUACACUGCAAUGACACCUGUUUUUUUUUUACAUUGGCUGAAAAAGUAAAUGUAGGAUUUUAAUCUGUGUAGUUCUUGCCAGAGCUUUAUUGGUUCCCUACUAUUUUGGAUACAUGUACCAAUAAUAUGUCAAAACUGAACGGUCUUAUGUUGUCAGUGAAUAUUGUUGAAAUUAUUUUGGGGUUAUGUAUAUUGUCCAAUGCAACAUGAAGUAAAACUGUAUAUUAAUAAUCAAGACAGCUUUUGCAUGUGUUCCUGAAUGGAGUGGCGUCUGCAUUGGAUAGCCUACUGUUAAUUUGUCUCUUGCUCUACUCUGACUAUGUGCCAUUUCAACUUUGAUACAGUGUGCCUUGUCCCUGUUCUAACCAUUAUUGACCUGGUAUCCAGGAUAACACCAGACUGGGUGAUUCAUGGCUCUCAGUAAAUUCAAUCUUUGUCUGUCCCUGUGUGUAUAUCUGCAUGUGUUAAACAAUAAAACAAAUUAAUGUUCA